GGCAGUGCCUGCCGCUUGGGACCCCCGCCUCGGGGCCGCCGCAUGGGGCUGCUGGGUUCGCUCGGGACGUGCGAGCCGUUCGCGGCGCGGAAGCCGAAAGCUUUAGGGGAACCCUGACCUAGGGAGUCUCAAUGGCCCUGGGUGAAGAAAAGGCAGAGGUGGAAGCAUCUGCAGGCGCGAAGGCCCAGUCCUACAGGAGAUGGAGCUGCGGGGAGCGAGAGGGGGAUACUCCAGGGCCUGUGAGCAGGGAGCAGCCCCCACACCCAGAAGCUAAGGGAGGGCCCAUCUCCCCUGUGUGGGGAGCAGAGGGGCCACCUGCCCCUGCCUGCUGGGCUGGGGCUGACCCUGGCGGCCCGUUGGCAGCCUACCAGCCACAGGCCAGUGAUGCCAACAAGGAGCUGGUGGCUGAUGGGCUUAAGCCUGGCCCUCAUUGCCUGCAUCAUCCAACCAGCAUGGGGACCGGAGACCUUUUGCGCUCUGUGGGAAGUCAGAUGGAGGAGACCAAGCUUUCUGCCUCUGGGGAGCUACCUCAGACUCUUAGGCUUCCCGGAACUACAGCUCUUUGCUCAGGACACGAUGCUGACACCGAGGAUAAUCCAUCCCCGGUUGAUUCGCCCCAGGUGCUAGACCUCAGCCGGCGGCCUCACAGCUCAGGAUUCCUUUUCCCAUCACAGCCGAAGUCCAUGGUGAGCCCAGGUGCCGCUGCCCCUCAGCUUUCCAGCGGCAGCAUCUCGGCCUCCUCCACGGGCAGCAGUCUCCAAGAUCGCCAAGAGAAGGUGGAGCCCCAGAGUUGCUCCCUUGCCAAGGUCUCCUCCUCCCUGGAGCUGGUCGUCCCCCAGGGAUCCCCCUCUGUGGCGGUGCUAGGGCCUCAGCUCCAGUGGUCACCGCAGCCUGUGUCCUCUGCGGGUGAUGCUACUGGGCUAGGCCGGAGGCGCCUCUCCUUCCAGGCUGAGUACUGGGCCUGUGUGCUGCCAGAUUCUCUGCCUCCUUCACCUGACCGCCAGUCCCCUCUCUGGAACCCAAAUAAAGAGUAUGAAGACCUGCUCGACUAUACUUACCCACUGAGGCCUGGGCCUCAGCUCCCAAAGCACCUUGAUAGCUGCGUGCUGACUGACCCUGUCCUGCAGGACUCAGGUGUAGACCUGGAUAGCUUCUCUGUCUCCCCAACAAGCACCCUCAAAUCACCCACUAAUGUGUCCCACAAUUGCCCACCAGCAGAGGCCACUGCCCUGCCAUUUUCUGGUCCAAGAGAGCCAGACUUUAAACGGCGGCCCUCUGGAGUACCCCAAAAGCAGGGCAGCGUGGGCUUGGCAUCUUGGAGCCAGCUGGCAUCUACCCCCAGAGCCCCAGGCAGUAGGGAUGCUACUUGGGAGAGCAGAGAGCCAUCCCUGAGGGGUGCAAAGGACUGGCUACCCAUGGGCAAGUGCCCCGAGGUGGGCUCUCCCCAGCUGAGGAAAUGGGACAGAGGGUGGCCUUCAUCUAGGCCAGAGAGGGAGAAGAAGACCAGCCAGAGUGUCCGGCACCCUGCCUAUACAGAGGCUAGAUGGAAAGCAGAAGAGGAGGUGGAAAGUGACGACGAGUACCUCGCCCUGCCCACUCGGCUGACACAGGUUUCUAGUUUGGUUUCGUAUCUAGGAUCCAUUCCCACCUUGGUUACCCUGCCCACCGGGGCUGCCAAAGGGCAGAGCUCCCUGGAGGUGUCAGACAGUGAUGGGCCAGCCUCCUUCCCAUCGGACUCCGGCCAAAGCCAGCUUCCCCCCGGGGCUGCCCUGCAAAGGUCUGGGGAUACUGAGGGCCAGAGCCACUGUUUCCUGCGUUCCUUUGUCCGUGCCCAGGACUCCGCAGGGGAAGGCAGUCUAGUGAGCAGCCAGGCCCUCGGGGUCGCCUCUGGACUGCUGAAAACACACCCCUCCUUGCCAGCUAUGUCGGACCGGUGGCCAUGCUCAGACCCAGGUGCUGAAGGGCAGCUUCCCAGGAGAGGAGAACAGGGAAAAGAGUCGCUGGUGCAGUGUGUGAAGACAUUUUGCUGUCAGCUGGAAGAGCUGAUCCGCUGGCUGUAUAAUGUCGCAGACGUUACUGACCAUGGGACUCCACCAAGGUCCAACCUUACAGGUCUCAAGUCUUCUCUGCAGCUUUACCGGCAAUUUAAGAAAGAUAUAGAUGAACAUCAGUCCCUGACGGAGAGUGUCCUACAGAAGGGAGAGAUUCUUCUUCAGUGCCUGUUGGAUAACACCCCAGUUUUAAAGGAUGUCCUUGGGAAGAUUGCGAAGCAGUCUGGUGAGCUGGAGAGCCAUGCAGAUCGCCUAUAUGACUCUAUCUUGGCAUCUCUGGACAUGCUGGCUGGUUGCACCCUCAUCCCUGACAAAAAGCCCAUGGCAGCAGAGCAGUGCCCAUGUGAAGGGGUUUAACCUGGCAUCUUCUCGGGCAGAGAUGCAGUCUGUCAGCCAAAUGCUGGGUGAUGAGAAAAACUUUCAAGAAGUCCCUGUAAGAGCCACUCAACACUGAAGUCAAGGGGGAAACUUAACUCUAGUAUACUAGCUUUAAAAUGCCUUUUUUUUUUGAAGUGAGGGCUAUUGAGUUACUAUUUUUAUUUACAAUGAAUCCUUCCACACUAAGGUUUUCCUUUUGGUGCUUCUCUACAAAGAGCAUGUGGCUUUGCAGUUUUUGAUAAAAUAAGACUUAAAAGUCUUGCCUCCCUCUCCAGUUUAAAAAAGAACUAAAGAGAUAAAUCUCAACUAUUCCACCUGCUGAGAUCAUUUAUAGAAGGCUGGUUUGAGAAACAGGGUUCCAAAUACUUACAUAAAACAGGACCCAAGAGAAUGAAAAAAGUGAAUGGUUGGUGAAAACUUGGACCUUAUCAUAAAACUAAACUUAGGUUUGUAAAUCCCUCUUUGAAGAUUGUUAGAUAGAAAGUACUUUAACCCUGUCUGCAGAAGAAAAGGAGUGAAUGAAUAGAACCUCUACAAAUUACUUUGUAUCUUCAGGGGGUCUGCACCUUCCUGCCUAACCAGUAGUAUCUUAAAAUGUGUCAGGGAUGGGGAACUGCCAUCUGCUUCAACAUGGCUCUGGAGCUAAUUAUCAAGCUUAAGGGUACCUCUGGGAGGAUUCAUCCCUCCACUCCUACUCUCCCUUGGGAACAGUAGUCCAGGGUCAGGGGAGGGAAUGGACAGGAUCAUACAGCCUGGUUCAGUACAGAAAGCUGUCAAUAGUGACAAGAAAAAGAGGAUUCUUUGUUGCUUGGGAGUUUGCCUUUAAGUACCUUGUUAGAUAAGGGGGUGGGAGGGGGGAGAAAUCUGUGAUCAACCAUUUAAAACAUGAUCCCAUAGCUUUUUUUGAAGCAAAAUCAGUUAUUGCUGGUAACCACAGAUUCUACAAAAAAGCAUUUUAAAUAAGUUCUAUCUUAUCUGGGCCUUUCCUUGGUAGAAAGCACACCAUAAUGGAACUAAAGUCCUAUUAUUAUAUAAUUGAUAUAAAUUAUCAAUUAUAUGCAUGUAUGUAUAACAUUCUUAAAAACUUGGAACUGGUUAAAAAGGCAGAUAUGUCUAAUAGCCUUUGUCCUUAAAUCGAUAUCCUCUUUGAUGCUGCUAUAAAUUGGAACGUUUUUCCACUGUGUAUGUUACAGAAUAAACAGCCCUUAAGAAUUAAACCUAUUUACUAGUAUUUGACAAGUAUGAAAGUAAGUUUCAAAUUAGCAUAAAAAUUGAAGAAAAGCCUACAGAAAGUAGCCAAUAUUACACCAGUUGAAUGCAGAAUGUGACAUUCUAUUCCUAUCAACUUAAUUAUAAUCAGCUUCAAUUAAUAGGAAUUUUCACAGAACAUUUUAUUUUGGAAUACCCUGUUUUCCAAAAAAAUGCUACCUUACCUAGAGAUGAUCUAAGAUAUUUUUGUUCAGUCUCUUUUAAAAUGUGACUAAAGGGUACUAUGAAUCUGGCUGUGAAUACCACUGAAGAAUAUCAGCGCAACCGUUAAUUGUAUUAGUCAUGCUUUAAGAAGUUUAAGACCUCCCUUUAAAACUGAAGCUGAAACUGUUUCAGCCUAGUAAGAUGCUGCCAGAAGCAUUUCCAUGAGCAAAUAUGGCUGGGUUAGAUUCAAGUAGGAUGGCUGGCUGGUACACUGUGGUGCCACACUAGAAUAAAAGUUCUUAGUAGCCCCUUAAAAUUAAUGGAAUUUGAGUCCAUGGGGAGGUGGCAGUACUAAAAGCUAGAUCAGCAGUUUCAAGACCUGGGUUCUUAUAGAGCCAUAGCUAAGCUCAUCAGCAAAUAGAAGAUGAUGUCAAUACAGGGCUGUCUUGAAGCUUAAGUGAGAACACAAAGUUUUGAUGUAAGAUAUGCUGGAAUGGCAACAUACAUGCUAAAGGAAAUUUCAGUCCAAGGUCAAAGAACAGAAGUUACUGCUCAGAUCAAUAAUGGCUAUCAUUCUGUAAGGAUUUCUCAGGGCUCACAACUGCUUAGGUUUAGAAUUACACUCUUUACUAUGUAAGCUAAUUAACAGCAGCCACUUACAUUUAAAAUGUGACAGGCGAUAAUUCCCUUUAUUAAAUGAACAGAUUAUUAAAGUCCGUUAUAGCCUUGAAAUGUUUGUACUUGAAAAUGGGAAUAGAAAUGGUAAUAUAUAUUUUUUAAAACUGCAUUUAUUGGCAUAUACAUAAAAGCAAAUUGUGAAGCA